AUGCUGGUGCUGGUGGGGCUGGUGCUGUGCCUCACUCCUGCGGGCUCCAUGAACGCCUUCCCCGCAAAGUUUCAGGUGGGGGAGCUGAAUGGGGACGUGGUGGUGAACUGCAGCACCGCGGAGCAGAGCGUGACCUGGACGCACAACGGGGAUCCAGAGCCCAUGGCCGAGCUGGUGGCCGAGGGUCGGACCCUCACGAUCCUCGGCUUGGACCUGCCGGCCGCAGGCAACUACAGCUGCUGGGCCGGGGGUGUCCUCCUGGACUCCAUCUACGUGGUGGUCAGCGGCGAGGAGGGGAUGAACGUGUCCUGCCAGGCUGAGUCCUUCCGCGGCUCCUUCCGCUGCUCCUGGGCCGGGCCCCGCUCCGCCGUGUUCCGCGCCCGCCUCACCCUCAGCGAUGGCUCCCUCGGGGAGUGGGUGUCCGCGUCCCGCCGCCGUGGCCGCUUCAACGCCAGCUUCGUGGACCCCUUCUUCUGCCCCUUCGCCGAGGAGCUGCGGCCGCUGCGGCUGCAGCUGGAGGGGCUCUCGGACACCUCCUACAUCAGCUUCUUCAGCCACUUCUUCAUCCGCGACAUCGUGCGGCCGGACCCACCGCAGGAGCUGGCGGUGCAGCGGCGCGGGGAGCACCUGCACCUCGCCUGGGCCCCCCCGGCCUCCUGGCCGCUCCCCCGCUCCUACUUCGCCCUCCUCUACCGGCUGCAGUACGAGCUCCCCAACGGCACUCAGGCCGACAAAUACGUGGAGGGUGAGGAGGAGACUUGGCUGCAGGACGGUGCUCAGCGGGUGCGCAUCAGCUGCCGGGACCCCUACACCAGCCCCGCCUGGAGCCCCUGGAGCCCCUGGCACAGGACCGGAGCAGAACAGCGCCGGCUGCGAGUGGCCUGA